GGGCGGAAUGUUACGGAAAUAAGCGAGUAGGUUUUGUUAUUGUUGUCACAGAUCGACAUGAAUUUUCAACAAAGGCCAUAAUUUUUGCAACAUGUUAGCUUUUUACGCGAUGUCUUUAAGACAGAAAUUCCAUCUCGAUGGAGCAUUGAACUUUUCCUGACGAAACUGAUAGGCACAAAUAAGGAAAUUAUCAGAAUGUACGCUAAUUUUUUAUGUCAAAAUUGAACGUCUGCUCCGACAAAAUUUCGACAGAUUGAUACACGAAAAACCUUCUGAUUGAAAGCAAUGGAUUUCAUGUUCGAUUGGGACAACGAUGGGGAUCGGUUUUCCUUUGAUGACAGCGACCGGUUCGAGGAGGAGUCUAUGUGUUCCUGGUUGAGUGAAACAGAGAGCUUGAAUCAAAACUGGCGUGGAUGGAAACGUCAAAAUGCUGGACAAGCAAGUCCUCCAUUCAGCAAAACUCAAGAUGGUAGGGUGCUGUCCCUGGUGGAGCUUGCUUCUCAGACGGUGGCCUGCAACAUCCCGUACGGGGUCGUGGAGAAGUACCCCCAGCCCAUCCCGGAGCCACUGCAGCUGAGGAUCACAUACUGGAGCUUCCCGGACUGUGAGGAGGACAUCAGACUCUACUCCUGUCUUGCUAAUGGCAGUGCUGAAGAGUUUCAGAAGGGAGAUCACCUGUACAAAACCAAGGCUGUUAAGAAUGCACUUCAAAUUGGAUUCCAUUUGAGUGCCACUGUUUUUCCAACCAACACAGCGGGUCAGCACAACAAGGAUGGCUUCAAGGUGGCCAUCUUGUUUGACCGACGGCGGAUAUCUCAGUGCACCUGUACUUGUAACAGCAAUGCUUUCUGGUGUUCACACGUGGUGGCUGUCUGUCUAUUCAGAAUUAACCAGCCCAGCAAUGUGACCCAGAGGGUUCCAGUGUCAGAGAGUCUAGCCCAGCUUCACCGCGACCAGCUACAGAAGUUUGCUCAGUACCUGAUUGCUGAAAUGCCAAAGGAGAUACUGCCGAUUGCGCAAGGUCUGUUGGACAAGCUGCUGUCUGACCAGGAGUGUGACAUGAACACCCAGAACGGGGCCCCAGACCCCACUGCAGGGGCCGAGGCCAAUGAGGAGACCUCCUGGUGUCUGGAUGAAAAGCAGCUUCAUGAGAAUGUCAAGAAGACUCUUGUCAAGUUCUGUGUGCCUUCCCCAGUGGUGUUCAGUGAUGUGAACUUCCUGACCCAGACGACCCCACCGGCUGCAGCUGAAUGGCAGAGCCUGCUGCGACCCCUGAGAGGCCGGGAGCCAGAGGGCAUGUGGAACCUGCUGUCCAUCGCCAGGGAGAUGUUCAGGCGCUCUGAUCAUAAUGCCAUCCCUCUCAUGGAGAUAAUCACAGACGAGGUGUUACAGUGUGAGCAGAUCCUAAUAUGGUGGUUCAUGACAAAGAUCACCAACAACAACAGCAACCAGAUCAGCAGUCGGUCUAGCAGCAACAGCAGCGCAAGUAUCACACAGCAUGCAGCCUCCAGCCUUUGUGAUGAGAUUGUCAACCUCUGGAAGCUGGCAGCUCUCAAUCCAAAACUGAGCCCUGCACAAAAGGAAGACAUGUGCUCAAAAUUCAAAGAGUGGCAUGUGUCCACUAUUGAGAAAGUGAAACGAGCGCGAAACUCUAAUUCUGGUAGCGCCAGUGGAACUUUGAAGAAAACAGAAAUCGAGAAUUUUUCAGGGUUUAAACCAGGUAUUGAAGCCUGUAUCCUACAGUGGGAUGAUUAUCAUAUACCAGGUGUGACAUAUUCAGAUUCACAUAAACUAUCAUUGCCAUAUAGAUUUAAUAAAAUGUUAGAUUCAGAUGCCAAAAAGCCAUCUCGUGUACAACCCAUGGCUGUUUGUUCAGAGAACUUGAUCAGUACAGAUGACAGGACCACACUGGCAGAGGCCACUAACAUGCUGAACGAACACCACUCACCACAGGAUAUAAAGAACAAAAGGCACAGACACCCAAGUCGACAAGGUCACAAUAACGACGGGGCAAUGAGCUCAGGGUCAGAAGGCUUCUGUGAACCUGAUAGGGGUAGCUCACUGUUCAGGGAUUCUGAUUCUGGUUCAGAAAUGAAAGAACCAGGAUCUAGGAGUAAUUCUUUAGACGAUGCAGAAAUUUUGUUCAGUAUUAACACUCAGAAAUCAAAACAAGAGAAUUUGAACUUGACGGCGGGCAAUUCACUUGAUAAUGAUGAGGAUUGUUUGAUGGAGCUGGGGCAUGGGGUUGCCCAGGGAUCUGCAGCAGAGGCAGGCAACGGGGCUGAAGACCAAGGGGCUGGAGAGAGGCAAGCCCAAGUGGAUCCAGCAGGGGAACCCCUGGGUGAUGAGUACUCCAUGUACUUCUAUGACAGAAAUAAGGCUUCUGAGAUGGACAAGAAAAAGGACAAGAAUGAGGAGCCAAAUGUCUUUGCAGGUGUCAAGUGCUUGGAUAAUAGGCAGGAAAUUUCGUUUGCCCGUGCAGAGGCCCUUCAUGCCCAUGGCCACACUAAGGAGGCCUGUCAGCUGGCCCAACAGCUGGCAGAGGAGUUGCUGGCCUUUCCCCCAGACCUCCUGGCAGAGACCGCCGCUGUCCCCUCUGUCAAAGUGAAGCGUAAGAAGGCACUAACCAACAUCACAAUAUUGGCCAGUACAACCUUGUCCAAGGCAGCCUUCCUAGCAGGGGUUCUACUUGAAGAGCAAGAAAUGUGGCAUCUGGCCUUCAAGAUGGGCAUGUUUGUGUUGGAAAUGCCUCGACCACCUGCCUCCUGUAAAGCCAUGGAGGUGAAGUUGGCCUACCAGGAGACAGAGCUGCUGACCCUUCUCAAGAAGAUCCCACUGGGUCCUGCAGAGAUGGCCGUGCUGCGACAGAGGGCUGAGCAACUGAAGGACGGCACUAUCAAGUCACGCGGGGAGGCCCUGCUGCCUCUCACCCUAGCCAGCUUCAUAUUUGAUGCUCUAUGUCUUGGAACAUGCCCAAUGACACUGGCAAAUGUUGGAUGUCCACGUCAGCCGGUACAGGUCACAUGCAGACAGGCUGGUGAUGAAAAACUGGGCUUUGAAGGAUGUGUUGCAGCUCUAGGCAUGAAGGCCAAUGUGUCAGAGGCAGACCACCCCUUGCUGUGUGAGAGCACCAGGAAACAGAGAGGGGAGCUUGCCAUGGCUAUGUUGCUUAACUACAAAGAUGAUAUUUGUAAACUCAGCAAGAUUAUGGACAAGCUUCUUGACAAGGAGGUGCAUUCACAGUACAAAGCCCACAGCCUGGUGUCCUACCUAAACCCAAGACAGGCAGCCAGUCAGCCUCAGGCUAGUGCCGCCCAGCAGUUGAGCAGACACCACAGCCACGACCCCCAGAGAGGGCCCCGCGGGGCACAGGGGCGGGGUGGGAACACCAGGUCCUCAGAGCUGGAUGAGUUCCCACCCACUGACGACCCCCGGGCCGGGCACUCUGGCCCUUCCUCCCUGGGGUCUGGAGCCCCUGGUGCCAGGCCCAAAAUAUACCCCACACUCACUUAUGGCCAAAGUCGGGACACUGACAGUUCAGCCGUGGAAGAAGAGGGAGAUAACUCCUAUAAAGCAUUGGAAGCCAAGCUCAAAUGCAUGGCACUCAAGAAAAAGCCUUCUCAAGGCAGGGCAGCAAUAGACAGCAGUGCACCGGAGACGACCAGCAGUGACAAUUCCCCGACCCUGGUGCGGCGAGUGUGGGGCAAGCCCCAGGGGCCAGGCAGUGACAGUGGGUCCAGCGGGGAUAGCGACUCCCUGGGCUCCAGCAGCUCAGGAGACAAGGCAGAGUUGAGAGCCAAGCUGAGAGAUGAGAGCCCACAGGCUCAGAUAAACAGCAGGAUAGCAGCAACUUCACAGUUCAUUUUGGACUCAAGGAGCUCUACUCCAAAUCUUAAAGGAAUCAGGUUCAAAGGCAAGAGGAUCAUGCCGACCAUUCCCAACCAGCCCAGCGAGGCCUCAGCCCACUGGAUGUGGGAGCUAGCUAAGACCAUUCUGAACAAGGCUGGGGGUUCCAGCUCCACCUCACAGUUUAUCCAGCCCACCAACAACACCCUGCCAACAGGACCACACAGAAACCUGCAGCUGUGCUCGUUUCAGAUCGGUCUUUACUCACUGGGUCUGCAGAACUGUGUCGCUCCAAACUGGCUCUCCAGAACCUACUCCUCGCAUGUCUCUUGGAUUUCUGGUCAGGCAAUGGAGAUUGGCAGUGCUGCUAUACACAUCUUGAUCGACACCUGGGAGGGUCACCUGACUGCCCCAGAAGUUGCCUCUCUGGCUGACAGGGCGUCUCGAGGCAGGGAUCACAACAUAGUGAAGGCAGCCGCAGAGCUGGCACUGUCCUGUCUACCCCAGGCUCAGGCCCUUAACCCCUCUGAGGUGCAGAGAGCACUCUAUCAGUGCAAAGAACAGAGCAAGGAAAUGCUGGAAAAGGCUUGUUUGGCUGUCGAGAGUGCAGCCAAAGGAUACAGUGUCUACCCAGAAGUUUUAUUCCAUGUUGCCAAACGCUGGUACGAGCUUGCAGAGGAAGCUGCCAGACAGUCGGGUGGGGAGAAUCAUGGCAGGCAUUCAGUUGAGAGCCGAAAUGACAGCCGUCCCCACUCAGCCCCGUCCAUGGCGCGAUCUGCCUCCAGUCCAGGUCAUAUAGACAAUACCAGCCCAGUCAAUCCCUCAGUUGUUCCCUUCAGUAACACUCCGCCCAUGGGUAACCAGGUGGCCAUGUCUGGUGCCCAGCUGAUCGCCCAUGGCAACCAGCUUCCACCCACAGUCAUGGUUCCAUUCACCAUUCCGCCAGUACAGUCAGGUCCCCAUCAUCCUCAUAUGCAGCAACAGCAAACCUUUGUACAGCCCACCUACAACAUUGUUCAACAGAUCCAUCAACCAUUCGGUGUGCCGCCGUUCUCACAAACAAUUCCAAUGCAUCCACAGUCGAUGCCUCCAUAUGUUACCUUCACCUAUAACAAUGCUGUUCAUUACAACCUCCCACCAACGACAGUCUACUCUUCCUCCGGCCCGUAUCGACCUCUGAUCCCCGGGCCCAACCCGUCCCAAGGGUUGCAGGUGAUGCCAGGCCAGAUGGCUACUCUGCAGGGUAUGAUGCCCCAACAGGCGUCAUUGCCGAUGCCCCAGCCACACCUUGAGGACCACCACCAUGUCCUGCUGACCAGCCACAUUGUAAAUCCUACCCAGGCUCACUACCUGCAUGCUGCUUUCAGAGUGGGCAUGUUGGCUAUGGAGACACUUGCGAGACGGAUACACGAUGAUCGACCGCAGUCCAAGUACGCUCGUAAUCCACCAAAUGGAGAAGACGUGAAGUGGCUGCUGAAAUUGGCAAUGAAGCUAGGCACCAGUUCCCUACAGCAAUUCACUGGGACAGUUGUCAAUGCAGUGGUCAGCCCAUUCCUGUUGUAUGACAUUGCCAUUGAGGCUGCAACUGUUCUGGCAAGGAACAACCCAGUGGCUGUUCAGAAUCACCUUAGAUCCGGAAUACUCAACCCACUAGUGCAGAAAUGUCUUCAAAUGUUCAUGCAGUGCGCCCAUCAGCGUAUUCACCAUAUCAAUUCAUCAGAGUAUGAUGACUUCGUGAAUACCAUAUGCACUGCACGCAACGUGUUCUGCCUCACCCCUGGAGGCAUGGUACAGUUCCAGGAACUCCUUCAGAGUCUGCGACGUAACAAGUCCUGCAGGAAGGAACUCUGGCAGAGGAUUAUGAAGGGUCUGGCAAUGCACGUGACUUUAUGACAUGCUCUAUGAAGUUAAGGGUCACAGUGUUAAUGAGGCUGUAAUGGAGGCGGUUCAUGGUUGGGGUCAGAUGGCAUGCCAAUCAAAUUACUUUAGUCUGGGAUAUUGCCUUUUUUGUCAUUGCCAACUGUCAGGUUUUGUCAGAUUAAACAGAAGCUCAAAGGAAUUUUACUGCUAUGGUAAUGAUGGCGUAUGUGCUGAUAUGGUAAUGAUUGCAUAUGUGCAAAGUUUGUCGGCAGUUUGACAUCAACGUGUUGUCAGCUAUGUUUAGUAACUUAAUAUCACUUUUCAGCUGAUUAAUAUUCUCUUCAUUAUGCAUUAAUUUGUUUAAAUUGUUUUAAUUAAAAGAAAGUAAGUAAGAGCAAUCCUUGAAACUCCCAGCCUUUAACAUUAAGGUCACAACAGAACCUUUCCAGUUCUGAGUGAAUAUGAGGUAUAAAGCUUCACUUCCAUUUAAAAAUAACAAAGUCAGCUUUCUUUCAUGUUUCAACUUGUCCAUAGCUUAUCUUUAGUUUAAAGCCAUAUUGAUGUUCAGGUAAAAUAUAUUUGAUAGUCGAUACAUUUUUCAGGUGAAACAGGUUGUAGUAGGGGAGAAUAUGUAUUAUGGUAGUCUUAGUGUUAAACUGCUUUGUAAACAAGCCAAUAGUUGUAUUUAUUAGUGUACAUUAUUUAUAGAUAUUGAAUGUUUAUGUUUUUUCUCUGACAUAUGUUUUUUGUUUAGAGUGUAACAAGAUCAUUCAAAAUUUAGUUCAGUAAGUAAUGGUAAGGAAAUGGUUUGUUUUUCUUUUAAAAUUAAGUAUGAUAUGAAUUUUUAUUAUUUUAUUUCACUUUGGAAAUUUUUAUAAAAUGCUGUCAUUAUUUGCUUCUUUCACUUCCAUUAAAAUCUUUCAGGGUAAUGGUUGAUAUAAUGUAUAGUGUCCUCAAAACACAAGUAACUCUAUUUUAGGUUUCCAAUUUGUGGCAUGAGUGCCAUUUCUAUGUGUUUCUUACUAUUAUCAUGUUUUUAUAGCUCCCCUGAGCCUAUAAAGCUCUUGGGGAGCUUUUAGGAAACCAUGAUAUCCGUCAUAUGUCAUUGUGAAUGUGCGUCCUUUACCUUUUUCGUCUUACAAAAUUUAUAGGAACGAUCCUCAGGUGUCUCUCUUUCUAUACUGUUCAAGUCCAGAGCUGAACACAUAUUUUAUGGGGGUUUAUAUUAAAUAUUACUAACACCUAAUUUAGGCGUGUAACAUUGUUUAGUGAUGAUCUGCUAAGUUUAUUCAGAUCAAUAAUUAUAAGUCCAUGCCCCUGGGGUCACAUGGUUUAAGAAGACAUGUAGAAAUAAAUUUUUCUCUAAAACGACAAGGCCCAAGAGUGUUCAAAUCAUAUUCAAAAUUGGCCCAAAAAAUUUGUUUUCUGACAUGCAAAUAGAAAAAACUUCACCUCUGAAACCACAAGGCCCAGAGGUUUGGUAUAAGGUAUGUAACACCAUAGCAACAAGUUUGUUAUAUCAUAUCCAUUUGGCUCAUAUUGGCUCUGCCCUUCCAUUUUUUAAGCUUCUCUUAGUGAAAACAAAAAAAAAUCUCUGAAACCAGAUGGCCAAGAGGUUUGGUGUUUGGUAUGUUACAUCAAAUGUUGGGUUCUCUACUAAGUUUGUGCAAAUCAUGGCUUUGGCCUUGUAGUUACUUGUUUCCCCUAUAUAUAUAACAGUUUGGUCCAGUCAACUGCAAAAUCAUGCCCCUGCAGUCAAAGUUGGCCCCAUUCCAGAAUGAUUUGUUUCGAUUGUAUUUAUGUAAUGACUUUAAAAAAAAUCUUCCCUAAAACUGCAAGGUCUAAAGCUUUGAUAUUUGGCAUAAAACAUCUAAUGGUAGUUUUCUGUCUACCUGGUUGGAGUAAAAAAAAUAUUAUUACACAAACAGCACAAAAACUGUACAUAACAGUUUAGUUCUUACAUAUCUCAGGUGAGCGACCUAUGGCCUUGAACCCUAUCUCUUUGUCUUUUGUCUUUUUUUUUAUAUGGAAUGAAAUUCAUGAUAUCAUUAGAGAAUACAUUAUUAUGAUUUCUUUAUAUGUGUAUUUCUCCUUAAUUGUAUUAUUUCUAAUCCAGACAUUGUUGUAAAUGAAUUCAUCAAAAUCAUAUUCUGACGUCUUUGUUGUUUUAGAAGUAUAUAUAUAUAGAUAUAUGUAUGUGAAAUUUUGCCCAACAUAAAAUGUUUUCUUUUUGGCUCAUGUGUACAUUAUAUUAGCAUUUGCAUUUCAUGUAUUUAUAAGCAAUAAUAUUUCCAAUCAAGUAGAUUGAAAAGUUAUUGGCAGAAAACGCUCAGGAAUUACACCUGCCAGAAAAUGGCAAGUAUUGUUUUAUUCAGAGUUCUGUAUAUACCAAAUUGGUCCGGACUAUAUUGUACUCGGUUUAUUGAAGAAUAUCAGAUAUUGCUUGUACUAUUUUAAUAUUUUUUUCACUACAGAACAGUGUUGAAUAAUAUUAUUUUGUUUACCAUAUUCUCAGUUCAGAUGUAUUUAAUAGGGAGUGUUACAUGCACAUUGUCAUGUAAUUUUCUUCAAGUCAACGUUCACAUCGUCUGGUAUUAUGAUACAUAUGAAAAGUAGCGAUUCUGUGCAAGUUUCAUCAAUUUUGUGAGGGAUGAAAUAUAUGAAUUAUGAUAAAAUGAAAAGAAUGAUACUGUAUUUGAAUUCAUUUAAUGGUUUUUAAGUUUUUGGUUUUCAAAUAAUUAUGUAGAUUUUUUUCACAUGUCAUAUUUGUAUCAGUUGUCAUGUGUUUUUGUCAAGUUGAUAGUAUAUUCAUUUUUGUAAAUUAAAAUAUUGUGUACGAUUGACUGAUUGAGUAUCCAUUUCUUCAUUAAUAAGAAUAUCCAUUUCCCUCAUUUUAUGCAUAUUAUUUAAAAAUAGAUCUCAAAUUUUUAGUUUAAAAGAACACAAUUUUACCUUUUAAUGUUUAAUAUUUUUGCUGUUGUCAUUUUUGUGUCCGUAUACAAUCAAAAUGAUAUUCACUUCUGGGAAAAGUAAAAGAUUAUUAUUGUUUUGUUUUUUUAAACAUAAUACAGUUGUAUUUAACAAGAUAUAGCGAUUUUAGUUGUGUCUAUUUAGGACCUAUAUAAAUAUGAUAACAGAUAUUUUUAAUAAAGAAAAACAUUUCCUAUGUUUAACAUUGCAACAAAUACCUUGCUGUUUAUAAAUGUUGAUAGUAGAUGAUGUACAUGAAUACCUGAUAUAUAAAUAACUAUUCAUGGUAUGUCCAGAUAGUUUGUCAAAUUCAUUGACCCAACUUAUAUUGAUUAUUAAUUGCUCACCAAAACAUGUUUGUUUCCUUCAAACAUGCAUUACUAGUCACAAGCGAGUAAUUUUGUGUUGCCUUAUAAACUGAUAAGGUAAUGGCUAUGAAUGUAUAAUAAAUAUGUAUAAAAUAUAUUUAACAUUAUGUAAACUUUUAAUAACAUAUUAUUUUCCAAUUUAUUUCCCUUAAGAUAUUCUUAAUGAUAGGUAAAACAUAAAAGGAAAAAGGUGGUUGUUUUUUAAUCUCUAGUUAUCCCCCACCAAAGGCAGAGGGAUAUAAAAUUGUUGUCUGCAGUCCCUCCGUUGGUCAGAAACUUUUCAGGGCUGCUUGGGUGUAUCUCAAAAACUAUAUGAGAUAUCAACAUGAAACUUGAUGGGUGUAUAGAUAUCAACGAGAAGUGCCAAGCUUUAGAACCAUAGCCCUACACUUUCUUAAAUAAGAGUUUUAGGCUUUUGUUGUUUUUAUAUUAUGGUACUUGUCAGAGCUAUAUCUUAGAUACAUACAGGAUUUCAACAUGAAACUUCAUGGAUGUAUAGAUAUCAAUAAGGAGAAUUGCAAUUCAUAAAACCAAUUACACUACAAGGAUUUUUUUAGGAUUACCGUAUAUCAAAGGAUUUGCACCCAUCCAUAAAUAAAAUUUAUUUGACGGACAUAUCAAUUUAACGAAUUUGCUUGUUACUUAUGUUUUCAACGUAUCUUUUCAAAAUAUGUUUCAGCAAUGACUAUGCUUUCUUAAACUCUGGGAAUAUAGAGUAUUUUUCAUAUUGUUUAUUUCUUUGAAACCAACAUUAGAAAUACAAGUGUUUAUCCUUAAUGGCAACUUGUAACCCCAUUUAAAUGCUAUUUAUGCUGAAUAUGAACAAACACUUUGUUGAUGCUAGUACAACAUGUAUGUCACAUUCUAGUAAAGCAGUGUUCCCUUUCCUGUAACUGUGUGAUCCAUGUCGCCCAGUAGUCUUUGUCAACCCUUCAUCGGAACCGUUUUGGCGUAUGUACUGUGUUAACAUCUUCAUUAAACUUCAGUGAAACAG